AUGGGGUUGGCCAUGCUGCCCAGCGCUGCACGGCUAGCUGGACGCGUGGAAGCUCGCCUGGCGGAGCUGGGGCUCAAGGUGCCCGAGGCGGCGGCGCCAGCGGCCAACUAUGUGCCCUUCACCCGCAGCGGGAAGCUGCUCUUCAUCUCGGGGCAGAUCCCGAAGAACCCUGACAACUCCUUGCUGAAAGGCACUUUGGGCGCGAGCUGCACGGUGGAACAGGGCCAGGCGGCUGCACGACUUUGCGGCCUGCACCUGGUAGGUCAGAUGAAGGCUGCCUGCGGCGGCGACCUGGACAAGGUGAAGAAGGUCCUGAAAGUAGAGGGCUUUGUGAGCUGCGCUCCUGACUUCGAGCAGCACCCGCAGGACAGCCCAUGGAUCCCGGGGAUCCAAGGAGUCUUUGUGAUGACAGUAUCGGACAGUGAUGACGGACAGGGUUGGGGGGAUUGA